AAUGUCUCAAAAUAAAAAGCAAAAAACCCUAAUUCACAGAUCGUAUGUAGUAAGCUCAACUUUGUUUCUUCGUCUUUAGCAGAGGAGAGUUUUGUGCGGCUGCCACUUCAAUCUCCAAGUGUUUUGAGCUUUAGAAAGAUGGUGAGAAUCAGUGUGCUUAACGAUGGUCUGAAGAGUAUGUACAAUGCUGAGAAAAGAGGCAAGAGGCAGGUCAUGAUCAGGCCUUCUUCUAAGGUCAUCAUCAAGUUCCUCACUGUCAUGCAGAAACACGGUUACAUUGGUGAGUUUGAGUACGUUGAUGAUCACAGGUCUGGUAAGAUUGUUGUUGAGCUCAAUGGAAGACUUAACAAAUGUGGUGUCAUCAGUCCUCGUUUCGAUGUCGGAGUCAAAGAGAUUGAAAGCUGGACCGCUCGUCUUCUUCCUUCCAGACAGUUUGGCUACAUUGUUCUAACAACCUCAGCCGGUAUCAUGGACCACGAAGAGGCCAGGAGAAAGAACGUUGGUGGCAAGGUUCUUGGAUUCUUUUACUGAACUUCAAGAGAAUCUUCUUUGUUCAGGGUUUAUACUUUGCUUCUCCUUUUGGUGAGACGAGGAUUUCGAUUGAGCUCAAUGUUAAGAGAGUAGUAGACGUUUGUUUCUCUGUUUGCUUUCACAGAUAAUUUUGUUUCUUUUUGGUUUUGCUUCAAAAGUUAAUUGAAGACUUGCUAUGUAGACAGUAAUUUUCAAUGAACAAAAACUUGCGUUUCUUGAA